AUGUCCGGUCCGGAAACUGUUGCAUCAGCGCCACCAACGAUGGACGACCAAACGGCGGACGGUUCCGGCAGCCUGCUGUACGACAUCGUGUACGAUAUCAUCAGCAGCCCCGUCAACCUGGCGCUGGUCGGUAUCAUCUCCUUCCUACUGUACAAGAUCAGCAAAAGCCGCCAGCCACCGGCAACACUGCCACCGCCACCGCCGGAGCUGCCACGGUUGCGCCGCGAUUUUACGGUCGCCGAACUGAAGCACUACGACGGUACGCAACCGGAUGGUCGUGUGCUAACAGCCGUCAACGGCAACGUGUACGAUGUUACGAAGGGCAAGGCUUUCUACGGUCCAGGAGGACCGUAUGCAGUAUUCGGUGGCCGGGAUGCAUCCCGCGGGCUGGCUACAUUCCAAAUCACCAGCAUGGGCAGCGACGAAUAUGACGACCUGAGCGAUCUCAACUCGCACGAGAUGGAAUCGAUGCGCGAAUGGGAAAUGCAAUUCAAGGAAAAAUACUAUCUCGUCGGACGUUUGCUAAAACCGGGUGAAAAACCGACAAACUAUUCCGAUGAGGAUGAAGACACACCGACCGACAGUUCGGACGUGAGAAAACGAACAGCUGCCGCUGUGAAAGCGGUGGAUGGUUCGACCGCCAGCACCGGUGCAACAUCGUCACACGAGGCGGAGAAGAAGAGUACCGAAAGUGAGAAGGAUGGCGGUGGUGGUGGUGAUGCGACACCCAAACCGGAGGCAGACAAACCGAAAGCCGAAUGA